UCGAAGCGCACCACAGGCGAGCACGAUAUUCUGCGCGAUCUGUGAUCUGCGAUCUUCGAGUGAGGGCGGCUCAGUUUGGUGCUCCAGCCAACUUGGCGGCGGACCCGUUGAUUGUCGUGGUGCGGCUCGUUGGCGCCAGGGUGCCAAGUGGAAGUGAUUGAUUGCUUGAUCGGAGUGCGGAGCGUUGAUCGUCGCCGGUACCGGUCGCGAAAGGUGAAAACGGGUCCGUUGUGCAGCCGUGACCUGCCCGUCCAGACCCAUUCGUCAUACGCGCCACACCUACCACGGCGGAUUGCCGGCCCGGACCGUGGAACCCUUUCGGCCGCAAGCAAAGGGGGAACUAAAACAAAUAACGCGCGCACGAUGUGCACCAACAACAAACUGGUCCUACCACUUGUGGUCGUGGCGGUGAUCGCCUUGGUCGGCCCGGUGAGCUCGGAGGGCACGGUUUUCACCGGUGAAAGCUGUCGCCAGUCGGGGGUGCUCGUUUUCUAUCGCAUCAAGCUGGUCACCAGCUGGUCGAAGAAGCUGUUCCCCAAGCACUACCCGGAAUUCCGGCCUCCGCCGCACUGGAGCAUGACUUUCGGCCAAACGCAUAACGACAGCUUUCGCCUGUUCGAGAUGAAGCAGCUGGCGUCGGGCCCAGUGGCGACCUUCGCCGAAACAGGUCAAGUGGCACCGUUGGAGGAGUCCCUAGCCCAGCGGCAGGACGUGCUGUUCGAUGAGUUUCGGCUGCCGAAGAUCCGUAAGGGUAAGGGCGAAAGUGAGACCACGUUCUUCGUCGACGGACAGCAUUCGAGUGUGUCGUUCAUGGCGAAGAUCGUCCCGUCGCCGGACUGGUUCGUCGGUUUGGACUCCUUCAAUCUCUGCUCCCGGGGACGCUGGAUCGAUAGGACGACGGUUCCGCUUCAUCCACUGGACGCCGGCACCAGCAGUGGCCUGACGUUCACCUCGCCCAAGUGGCCAACGAAGCCGCCGGGAGUGAUCGAACGGAUCACGGCACGCUACCCGCUCCACUUUGCCAGCAGCUUUUUCUAUCCGGAAAUCAAGCAUCUUCCCGCGAUCGCACACGUCACGUUCACGAAGAUUAAAGAAUACGUUAAUCACAACAACGUGCACAAGAAGGUGAAGCGGCUCAAGCACAAGCAGCGCUCGAAGUUGCUGAAGAAGCUGACCGUGCAGCCGACGAUCCGCGGCGCUGCCCCCGUAUCUGGGAACUACAAUGAGAACGCGGUCGUGGACGAGACAAUUAACGCGGCCGACUGCAGGGUUAGCGCGUGGACGGCCUGGAGUCCUUGUAGCACGUCGUGUGGGCUCGGCAAACGGAACCGCGUCCGCAGCAUCCUUCAGACGCAACGACCCGGGGGUCUGGAGUGCCCGCCUUUGGUCGACACGCAGUGGUGUGGUUCGGCGCGGCAGUGUACCGAGAGUGACAGCUACUUCCGAUGGUGA